UAUCACACUUGUACUGUGGAUUCUCCAAGACCUCUGCAGAAUGCCUGUGGUUUGGUUCGGUUACAUGGCAUACUUGUUCUAUCUCAUAUUCUUUCCUUGGUUCUCCGGUGAAGUGUUUGCUGAUUCUGGAGACAGAGCAUACAUGACUAUUAUGGGAUGGGUGGUGACGAGCUCAGGCGCAGAUAGGAAACAUGAAUACAUUGGACAACCUGAUGUAAUGGUUGUGGUGAUCCCACAUGUGGUCUUUGUUGUUAUCCCCAGUGUCUUGGUUGUGUGUUGUCUGGUUGCUGAGAGAGAAAUCUACAAAGAUCACAUUCGAACUGUCUCUGGUAAGAAAGAGGAUGACCAUGACCGGGGAAGGAAGAAGAGAUCACAACGCCGCUCACUGUUAUUCUCGAACAGAAGACUGUUUCGGAAAUCGGUCUUGCUGGCUUCAUUAGCUCUAUAUUGGAAGCAUUUCAAGAAUUGCUGGGCAUUAGGUAGAGCUUAUGAGAUGAAUGUGGUUCAUUUUCCAGAUUAAAAAGUUAGGUUUUUUUUUCGUAAAUCUACUGUAUAUGUUUUAGAUGACCAUGGAUGCUGAUGCGAUGGAAACUGAGACCACUGAUCAAGUCUCUGCUUCUCCUCUACAUUUUGCCAGAAGUUAUCAGGUAGAGGCACUUGAGAAAGCUAUCAAGCAGAACACUAUUGUCUUCUUGGAGACUGGUUCUGGCAAGACCCUUAUUGCUAUUAUGCUUCUUCGUAGCUAUGCCUACCUUUUCCGCAAGCCUUCACCAUGCUUCUGUGUCUUCUUGGUUCCUCAAGUGGUUCUUGUCACUCAGCAAGCAGAAGCCCUGAAGAUGCAUACUGAUCUAAAAGUUGGUAUGUAUUGGGGAGACAUGGGGGUGGACUUUUGGGAUUCUUCAACAUGGAAACAAGAAGUUGAUAAAUAUGAGGUUCUGGUGAUGACCCCUGCCAUUUUGCUCGACGCGUUGAGGCAUAGUUUUCUGAGCUUGAGCAUGAUCAAGGUUCUAAUAGUUGAUGAGUGUCAUCAUGCAGGGGGAAAGCACCCUUAUGCUUGUAUCAUGAGGGAGUUCUAUCAUAAGGAGUUAAAUUCUGGAACUUCCAAUGUUCCACGGAUAUUUGGGAUGACUGCUUCACUUGUGAAAACAAAGGGUGAAAAUCUGGAUAGCUACUGGAAAAAAAUUCAUGAACUCGAAACUCUAAUGAAUUCAAAGGUCUAUACCUGUGAGAAUGAGUCUGUGCUGGCUGGGUUUGUCCCCUUUUCUACACCAAGCUUCAAGUAUUACCAGCACAUAAAAAUACCAAGUCCCAAACGAGCAAGCUUGGUAGAGAAGCUAGAAAGACUAACGAUAAAGCAUCGCUUAUCCCUUGGAACCUUGGAUCUCAACUCCUCUACUGUUGAUUCUGUAGAGAAGAGACUGUUGAGGAUAAGUUCAACUCUAACAUAUUGUUUGGAUGAUCUCGGAAUUUUGCUGGCCCAGAAGGCUGCUCAGUCAUUGUCAGCCAGUCAGAAUGACUCUUUCUUGUGGGGCGAACUAAAUAUGUUUAGCGUGGCCUUGGUAAAAAAAUUCUGCUCUGAUGCUUCACAGGAGUUUUUGGCUGAGAUACCUCAAGGUCUUAAUUGGAGUGUUGCAAACAUAAAUGGAAAUGCGGAGGCAGGUCUCCUAACUUUAAAAACUGUCUGCCUCAUUGAGACUCUUCUUGGUUAUAGCUCCUUGGAGAACAUACGGUGCAUCAUUUUUGUGGAUAGGGUGAUAACAGCCAUCGUUCUGGAAUCCCUUUUGGCUGAGAUUCUUCCAAACUGUAAUAACUGGAAAACCAAGUACGUUGCAGGAAAUAACUCUGGUCUGCAAAAUCAAACUCGGAAGAAGCAAAAUGAAAUUGUGGAAGACUUCCGGAGAGGCUUGGUUAACAUCAUUGUAGCAACAUCUAUUCUAGAGGAGGGUCUAGAUGUUCAAAGUUGCAACCUGGUUAUCAGAUUUGACCCUGCAUCCAACAUUUGCAGUUUCAUACAGUCUCGUGGGCGUGCUAGAAUGCAAAAUUCAGAUUAUUUGAUGAUGGUGGAAAGCGGAGAUCUGUUAACACAAUCUCGAUUAAUGAAAUAUCUUUCUGGUGGGAAAAGAAUGCGCGAAGAGUCUUUGGAUCAUUCUCUUGUUCCCUGUCCACCUCUUCCAGAUGAUUCAGAUGAACCACUCUUCCGUGUCGAAAGUACUGGAGCAACUGUAACUCUUAGCUCAAGCGUCAGCUUAAUAUAUCAUUACUGCUCAAGGCUUCCUUCAGAUGAGUACUUCAAACCAGCCCCUAGAUUUGAUGUAAACAAGGAUCAGGGGAGUUGCACCCUUUACCUUCCUAAGAGUUGCCCAGUAAAAGAAGUUAAAGCUGAAGCAAAUAAUAAAGUGUUAAAACAAGCUGUCUGUCUUAAAGCUUGCAUUCAACUGCACAAAGUUGGAGCUCUAAGUGAUCAUCUUGUGCCUGACAUGGUUGUGGCGGAAACUGUCUCACAAAAACUCGAGAAAAUCCAAUAUAACACAGAGCAGCCAUGUUACUUCCCCCCAGAGCUAGUCUCCCAGUUUUCAGCACAGCCGGAGACAACAUACCACUUCUACUUAAUAAGAAUGAAGCCAAACUCUCCAAGAAAUUUUCAUUUAAACGAUGUUUUACUAGGCACCAGAGUUGUGCUUGAAGAUGACAUUGGGAACACAAGCUUCCGGUUGGAAGAUCAUAGGGGUACAAUAGCUGUGACAUUGAGUUAUGUGGGAGCUUUUCACCUUACACAAGAAGAGGUCCUUUUCUGUAGAAGAUUUCAGAUAACUCUAUUCCGAGUUCUUUUAGAUCACAGUGUGGAAAAUUUGAUGGAGGCAUUGAAUGGAUUGCAUCUCAGAGAUGGGGUGGCACUUGAUUAUCUACUAGUUCCAUCCACUCAUUCACAUGAAACAUCUCUUAUUGAUUGGGAAGUGAUCAGAUCCGUGAAUCUAACUUCUCAUGAGGUUUUGGAAAAACACGAAAAUUGUUCUACCAACGGUGCUUCUCGCAUUCUACACACAAAAGACGGCUUGUUUUGUACUUGUGUCGUACAAAAUGCAUUGGUUUACACACCACAUAAUGGAUACGUCUACUGCACAAAAGGUGUUCUCAACAAUCUAAACGGAAAUUCAUUAUUGACCAAGAGAAAUUCUGGCGAUCAGACUUACAUUGAGUACUACGAGGAAAGGCAUGGGAUUCAAUUAAAUUUUGUGGAUGAACCUCUUCUAAAUGGAAGACACAUUUUCACGUUGCAUAGUUAUCUUCACAUGGCCAAGAAGAAGAAGGAGAAAGAGCAUGACAGGGAAUUUGUUGAACUACCUCCUGAGCUUUGUCAUGUCAUUUUGUCCCCAAUAUCAGUUGAUAUGAUCUAUUCAUAUACUUUUAUCCCAUCUGUUAUGCAACGCAUUGAAUCUUUGCUUAUAGCAUACAACCUGAAGAAAAGCAUCCCAAAAGUCAAUAUUCCAACCAUUAAGGUUUUGGAAGCUAUUACGACAAAGAAGUGCGAAGAUCAGUUCCACUUGGAAUCACUAGAAACUCUUGGUGACUCUUUUCUGAAAUAUGCUGUUUGUCAGCAACUAUUCCAACACUGUCAUACUCACCAUGAGGGUCUUCUUAGCACGAAGAAAGAUGGAAUGAUUUCAAAUGUCAUGCUCUGCCAAUUUGGAUGUCAGCAGAAACUUCAGGGAUUUAUCCGCGAUGAGUGUUUUGAACCCAAAGGUUGGAUGGUUCCAGGUCAAUCAUCUGCAGCUUAUUCACUUGUAAACGAUACUCUACCCGAGUCUAGAAACAUAUACGUUGCUAGUAGGAGGAAUCUGAAACGCAAGAGUGUGGCCGAUGUUGUAGAAUCAUUAAUUGGAGCAUAUCUCAGCGAGGGAGGUGAACUUGCAGCUUUGAUGUUCAUGAAUUGGGUUGGAAUAAAGGUCGACUUUACAACUACGAAGAUCCAGAGAGAUUCCCCAAUACAAGCAGAGAAGCUUGUGAAUGUAGGUUAUAUGGAGUCGCUGUUGAAUUACAGUUUUGAGGAUAAGUCUCUUCUAGUUGAAGCAUUGACUCAUGGUUCAUACAUGAUGCCUGAAAUUCCAAGAUGCUAUCAGCGGUUGGAGUUCCUCGGUGACUCUGUAUUGGAUUAUCUCAUAACCAAGCAUCUAUACGACAAAUAUCCUUGUCUGUCCCCUGGACUAUUAACCGACAUGCGAUCAGCUUCUGUUAACAAUGAAUGUUAUGCCCUAGUGGCGGUGAAAGCAAACCUGCACAAACACAUCCUGUACGCCUCUCAUCAUCUCCAUAAGCACAUCUCUAGAACUGUCAGUGAGUUUGAACAGUCUUCUUUGCAAUCCACUUUCGGAUGGGAAUCCGAUAUAUCUUUUCCAAAGGUUCUUGGAGAUGUGAUAGAAUCUCUAGCAGGCGCGAUAUUUGUUGACUCAGGUUACAACAAGGAAGUAGUGUUUGCAAGUAUUAAACCACUUUUGGGUUGUAUGAUAACUCCAGAGACUGUCAAGUUGCAUCCUGUGAGAGAGUUGACAGAAUUAUGUCAGAAGUGGCAGUUCGAGUUGAGUAAAGCUAAAGAUUUCGAUUCUUUCACGGUUGAGGUGAAAGCUAAGGAGAUGAGUUUUGCUCACACAGCAAAGGCCUCUGAUAAGAAAAUGGCCAAGAAAUUGGCUUACAAAGAAGUCUUGAACUUACUUAAGAACAGCCUGGACUACUAAAUUUCUUUUUCUUGUCAACUUUAUUGCAUUCAUUCAUGAUAAUAAUUGUCUUAGAUAACUUACAUUACUCUUGAUUAAUAUUUGAUAAAUUUAU